AUGCAGCUCGUGUCUGGGGGAGAGCUGUUUGACCGCAUCGUGGAGAAGGGAUUCUACACGGAGAAGGAUGCCAGCACCCUCAUCCGCCAGGUCCUGGACGCCGUGUACUACCUGCACCGCAUGGGCAUCGUGCACAGGGACCUCAAGCCCGAGAACCUGCUGUACUACAGCCAGGAUGAGGAGUCCAAGAUCAUGAUCAGUGACUUUGGGCUGUCCAAGAUGGAGGGCAAAGGAGAUGUGAUGUCCACAGCCUGCGGGACGCCCGGCUAUGUCGCUCCUGAAGUGCUGGCCCAGAAGCCCUACAGCAAAGCCGUGGACUGCUGGUCCAUCGGGGUCAUCGCCUACAUCCUGCUCUGUGGAUAUCCUCCUUUCUAUGAUGAAAAUGACUCCAAACUCUUUGAGCAGAUCCUUAAGGCAGAGUAUGAGUUUGACUCUCCGUACUGGGAUGACAUCUCCGAGUCUGCUAAAGACUUCAUUCGGAAUUUGAUGGAGAAGGACCCCAACAAAAGAUACACCUGUGAGCAGGCAGCAAGGCACCCCUGGAUUGCUGGGGACACAGCACUCAGCAAGAACAUCCACGAGUCAGUCAGCGCUCAGAUCCGCAAGAACUUUGCCAAGAGCAAGUGGAGACAAGCGUUCAACGCCACGGCCGUGGUGCGGCACAUGAGGCGGCUGCACCUGGGCAGCAGCCUGGACAGCGCCGGCGUGCCCAGCACCCUCAGCCUGGCCACGCCACUGCCCGAGGCCACUGCCCACAAGGACUGUGAGUCUCCGUCCCCUCUGUGCAGCCGGGUGGCGUCCGCGCCGGGGGUCGGGGGGGAGCGCAGGCCGAGGCCCAGCACGGUGACCACGGUGCUCACGGGCAGCAAGUGA